UUAGAAUAAGAGAGAAAAAAGAAGAGAAUGAAACUUUGGAAUAUUUAAUGUUCCAUUGUAAGUGGAGAAAAGAACUUCUUGUUUAUUCUUUAAUUUUAUUUUCUCGACUUUAUCUCAACUUUAACCCUUAAUUUUUUCCUUUAAUUUAUUCUUAAUUUAUUAACUUUAAUUUUCUAUCUUUUUUUUCUAUUUCCAUCUCUUUCUCUCUCUCACUCUGUCCAUUUAUGUUCUUAUUAAAUUGUGAAUCUCCCAUGUGAACAUUAAUACGAUGUGAUUUUCUCCAUCUUCUUUAAUCCCUUUUUCUGUGUAAAUCAAUCUCUCUCUCUCUCUCUUCUCUAUCUCUCUCUUAUAUUGACAAUUAACAUCUUCUCGUUGAUUGGAUUAAUUUAUUCUUUAAUUUGUUAAUUAUCACAUUCAUUUCUAACCCUUUUGUUAAAUCAGUUCAGCAAAAGAUUGUUUAUAAUCAUUAGUUUUCUCCAGUGGUUUUAAGAUUCCCAUUGCUACUGUUAUUUGAUUUUCUCUCUCAAUUCUCCAGAUUUGAAAUUCUGUUUCCCUGUCAAUCCUCUUUUUUUUAGUUUUCACAUUCUAUCUCUCUGUGAAUUGUAUUUGAUUUUUUUUUGUCGAAAAAUUUAAUCGAUCAAAAUUGAUUCCAAGUGGAAGUUCGAUUUACUCGGCUGGGAAACCAGUCUGGGAGCUGAAUUGUUCCCUGCCAGUCUGAGACCUUCAAUGACGGAAAAUAUUGACCAUGGUGGACGAUUUUUCACUCCAACUUCAACUUCCAACUCUUCUAGUAGUGAAUCCAAUUCUAGUCCGUCCAGUCGAUCAAAUACCUUUGAAUCGAGUUGUGGGAACAUGAGUAACCUAAGUAAUGGUCUUGGUGAUAUAAGUAGUCUUUCCCAUGGUUCAAAUAAUGGUAUUAGUGGCAGUAACAAUGGGCAUUCUAAUAAUUGUACAAACAGUGGAGUUGAUAAAGAUGGCAAUUCUAAUAACCUGAUGUGGGACAACUAUUGGCCUCGAACUAAUGCUGCUGCUGACAUGACAUCUUCUGGAAGUAGUGACAAUAGUGGUCGUGGCUCUUCAGAUUGGCCUUACCGUGAAUGGACUAACCAAGUGAACACCAGUUCUACUCCUAUUCCAGUGGAUAGUCGAGAUGAGAGCUCACGUAUUAAUCAACGUUCAUCCUUUAGCUUUCCAGGGGAUGGUAAAUUGUUGGACUUAUGCGGAAGCUAUGGAAGUCUCCUUUCUGCCAGUCUAAACCGUACCUGUGACAACUUUGGACAAGUGCCACCAAGAAGUGGUAUCCGUGCUAUCAGAGCUUCCAAUUCAAAUCAAACAAAUACCAGCAUUAGUUCAAACUCUUCUAGUCGACUUUUUCCCGUUAAUGAACCUGCAGCAGCCUCAUUUGAGUCAUCCUUCUCAAGGUUGAACAAUUCAAACAGCUCUGGACGUGAUAGUCGAGAAUCACCAACCUCUCCAACUAAUUCUGAUUCUGGUAUCGCAAUUGGAUCAUUGGUUUCUGAUGAAUAUGUUUCACAACUUAUGUCCCAAAUUAAUUUGGCCUCUUCCAUCAACGAGGUUUGUCGAGCUCAAGUCAAGGCUUCUUCCCGAUUACCAAAUGCUGCUUCUUCGGUGUUCUCAAUGCCUCAUUCCAAUUCUUUGGUUAUGCCCUCAUAUCCACCUGGACUAAGUCGUACAGCCUCUUUUCCUGAUCCAUUCAUGUUAACAUCACUUGGUAGUGACAAACGUUGGAUGUAUGCUAAAUUUGGGUCUCAGCGAGACUAUUUAGAUAAAGCUAUUGAGCUCCAAAGGACUGCAGCUUCAUACUCAGAGGCUACUCUUAAAUGGAGUGGAAAUAUAUCCAGCACGGACAUAAAAAACCCCAGUUACUCGACCAAAGUUUUCCUUGGUGGUACGCCCUAUGAUCUAACGGACGAGGAAUUGAUCCAAUUCUUCUCAGCAUUUGGUCGUGUUGAAGUUGAAUGGCCCAAAGAAAAUUCCAAAACCAAACAAAAGAAAAAAGGUUAUAAUUAUAUGAUCUUUGAUUCAGAAAAAUGUGUCAAAUCUUUAUUGGCUCGAUGUGAAGUACGAAGGGGAAAAUAUUACAUCAAAUUACCUUCCCGACGAAUGCCUGACAAGGAUGUUCAGGUUAUUCCAUGGGCUCUGGCUAAUAGCAAUUAUACCAAAGACUCAAAUUUUAAAGUUGAAUUUAAUAAGACAGUUUUCGUUGGUAAUUUACAUGGUAUGAUGACUGCUGAAGCCUUAGCCAAAAUCAUGGAUGAGCUUUUUGGUAAUGUCAUUUAUUGUGGAAUUGAUGUUGACAAACAUAAAUACCCAAUAGGUUCAGGUCGUAUUUCAUUCAGCGACGAACUAAGUCACAUGAAAGCAGUUGAAGCUGCUUUCAUUGAUGUAGAAAUGGGUCGAGUCACGAAAAGACUUCAAUGUGAUCCUUAUUUGGAAAAUCUCGCCUGUUCUCUAUGUUCAACAUCACCAGCACCACUUUUUUGUCGAACAUGUUCUCACUACUUCUGUGAGCCAUGUUGGAAUUUCUUACAUAGCAAUGAAACGAUGAGAAAUCAUCGCACUUUAGCAAGAAAACGCCGAAACAAGUAAAUUCAAAUAUUUGGAAAAAGAAAAUCAUGGACACUGCAACUGCGGCCAUUUAAAGACCAAAUUCUAUUUUUUGAUUCAAGGGAUUUAAUUUUUUUAUAGAGUUUUCAUUGGAUUUUUGCAAUCAAUUUCCAAAAAAUUAUUUUUUUCUAAGAAUAGACUUCAUUCCCUAUUCUUAAAGUCACUCUUAUCUUUUCCCACUCAAAUAUCUUUCAAUCUCUCUUUUCUACUCUGUUAUAUCUCUCUAUCUCUUUCUCUCUCGAUAAAAUUAUCGUUAUUUAUCAAUCAAUAUCUCUAUCUCUCUCUCUCUCUCUCUCUCUCAAUGAUUAAUCAUUUAUGUUAUAAAUCAAAUUGAAAUUUUGUGUACCAGGAAUAAAUUGUGAGCAAUAUUAGCAAAUCAAAACAAAAAGCAAAUCAAA